AUGCCUACCUUCGAUAUUGCAUUCCGGGUUGCCGAGGCAGCACAGACGGAGGCGCCUCGCUUUUGUCGCCCCGUGGCCCUCCGCGCCUACGACCGCGCAGUGUCACUCUUGCCGGUGUUCGUGGUUCACUCGCUUCUAUGCUUGAAGCUGCGCCACUACCUCCGCUCGAGGUGGCCUCUGCUACGCUUCUUGGCGAUGACCCUGCCCUCACCGCAGAAGCGGGAGUUUGCGAGCAAGAGAGUUCUUCUGCAACACAUCCUUGAGCUCUCCAAGCCGACUGGCGAGGUGCUAAGAUGCCCCCGUGUCUGCGUCGGCUACAAGGCUGAGACGGUUGUCGCUUUGGGCAAGGGCCGAAGCUGUGUCUCGUCGAAGCUUUCUGUCGAGCGACCACUCUCCUUGCUCCAGGCUCCCGGACCUCUCUCGAGGAUUCAGUGCCGCGUGCUGUUGGCUCUGCUGCCCAUGAGCUGCCUCCCUUAUGUGCGCAGCUCCCUGAAGUGUGCUGAGCAGGACUGGAUCAUUGGAUUUCUUCUCGCCUGGGGCAAGGUUGCAGCUUGCAUGCUGCAGCUGUCGCCACUUCCAUGA